AUGUUCUUAAAGAAGUGCUGUUUUUUCUUGCCUUUAAGCGUGGGUUGCAUGAUCAUUGGAGGGAUCUUCACGGGCUUCCACGUUGGGGAGCUGAUAACCCAUAAGGGUGAUUCGGUAUUUAUUAGGAACACGGGAGACAAAUGGUGGGCCCCCGUCAUAUUGUGUCCGAUCCUGGUGUUUGGAACCCUGAGCUCCAUACUUCUGAUCUACGCGGCUUCCCAGCGCAAGCGUGGUUAUGUCCUUCUCUGGUUGAUCAUAUAUGUAUUCAUACUCGCCCUGUACAUUACAUUGGCCAUUAUCCAGCUGGCAAGGCAGAAACCUGCACCGAUUAUGAUCAGCGUUCAGGCUAUUAUAAUAGUUGGUCUUGUCUACUCCCUGCUGAUAGUGUAUGCAUUUUACAAAUAUCUCAGCAGUGUGGAGUCUGAUGAUUCAAUCUAG